AUGUCUGAUCCUUAUCAUAAUUUACCAUCUUCGAAUGGUUCAAUAUUAGGUGUACCUGGUUUAGUACCUCAACAAAUACCCCCUCAACAGCAGCAACAACAGCAACAACAACAACAACAACAAAUUCCUCCUCCUCAAUCUCAUCAAUCUCAUUCUGGUCCUAAUCCUCCUCCUCCUUUAUUAAAUACAAAUUAUCAACAAGUAGUACCUCCUUCAAUUAAUUCUCCAACUUCAGCAUUAUUAAUCCUCAGUAAUAUUCCACCAGAUUUAUCUCAUAGAGAAGCAACUAUAAUAUUUUCAUUAGUUAUUGAUGAAAUAUUAAACAUUGAGAUUAAAGAUUAUAAGAUUUUUGCUUACUUUAAAAAUAUAAAUACCUGUUUAACAACUGGUAAAUUAAUUGAUGGAAAAUUUAUAUUUGGUAAUGAAUAUCCUCCUGUUAAAGUUGAUUAUGAUAAUUCAUUAAUCAAUUCUCCUCAAGCUCUUCAUAAUACAAAUAAUGCUUUUGGAAAUUUAAGACUUUCAAAUUCAAAUAUUUCUCCUCCAAAUUUAUCGAAUCAUCCUCAACUUCAUCAUCAACCUUCAAAUCCUAAUAUUCCAAUAAUAAAUGGAAAUCAGGCUCCACCUCCACCUUCUGCACAAUCUCAGCAACCACCUCAACAACAACAUCAACCAUCUGGUCCUCCAACUUCAUCCCAACAACAGCAACAAUUUGAUAAUUUCCAAAAACGACAAUCUAUUGGAAAUCAAAGAUCAAGAUUUCCAUUUAGUGAUCCAUUCUCAGCAGCAGCUGGUGGACCUCCACCACAAUCUCAAGGACAACCUCAAUCAUUACCACAGUCCAACUCACAGCAUGCUACUCCACAAAUCCAACCACUGUCGGGCCCAAUAAAUUCUAUUGAUUUAUCGGAUUUAAGUGGCAAAUCCAUUUUAUUAAUGGAAUCUCAAAACGAUGCCAGAGAAUACGAAAAUUUGGUUAGAGAUCCUUGGGGUUCUGCAUCUUCUGCAUCUGGUCAACCACAACAACAGCCUCCACAGCAACAACAGCAGCAACAGCAACAACAACAGGGUCCAAUUGGUUCCAAUCCUCAAACACCUGGUGUGUCAUCUCAUAAUGCUUUUGAUUGGACUCCUUCUGCAGCCUCAAAUAAUGUAGGAGUUGCACCUCCAAGCUCGAAUGGUUCGUUGAAUGGAUCUUCAAGUGGUGGACAGCAGCAGCAGCAACCUCCUGUCAAUAGAAGAGCUUCUUCGGCUUUUUUUAAUACAGUUCAACCACCUUUAUUACCAUUGACAAGUAGUCAUCAAGUUCCUCAAUCUGGAGGUGCCACUUCUGCGGUACCUUCGUCUUCUUCAUCAGGUUCAGUUCCUACAUCCUCGUCGGGUCAACAACAGCAACAACAACAACAACAACAGCAACAGCAGCAGCAACAACCUGCAAGUUCUUCUGCUGUUGUUCCUCAAGGUCCUACUGCUGCGGGUUUAUUAGCCGCAGCUCAACAAGCUCAACAAGCUCAACAGCAGCAAUCCCAAGGACAAUCUACUUCAUCCGCACAAACGAAUACCCAACCACAAUCUUCACCUCCUAUGACCAUGGCGUCCACUUUAUCAGCUGCUCUUGCAGCUCAAAAGUCCCUGCAACCAUCGCAGUCUACCCAACCCCAACAACAAUUACCUCAAUCCAGUGCCCCUAGAGAAACUCCAGUCGUUGAUAAAGAUGUACCAGAUUUAUCAUUAUUAGCUAGAGUUCCACCUCCUGCUAAUCCUGCUGAUCAAAAUCCUCCAUGUAAUACAUUAUAUGUAGGUAAUUUACCACCUGAUGCUACUGAAGCUGAACUUCGAGCCUUAUUUUCUCCUCAAAAGGGAUUCCGUCGUCUUUCAUUCCGUACCAAGCAAUCUACUACUGGCGCUAAUACUACAUCUAGUGGACAUAAUCAUGGACCAAUGUGUUUUGUUGAAUUUGAAGAUGUAGCUCAUGCCACUAGAGCUUUGGCUGAAUUAUAUGGAAGAGCCUUACCAAGACCCAAUGGUGGUAAUGGUAAAGGAGGUAUUAGAUUAUCAUUUUCUAAGAAUCCAUUAGGAGUCAGAGGUCCAGGUAAUCCUAGAAGAACUUCAACUAAUCAAUUACCUACUUCAUCAACUGGUCAACAACCUCAAACAUCUCAACAACCACAACAGCUGCAACAACCCAUUGGUAACUAUGGUUACCUGACCUAUAAUCAAAAGUAG